AUGAUGCGUAGGAAGAAGAACGUGAAGAAGGGUAUUCAGUUCUGUUUGAUGGUCUGCGGAGCUUCAGGAACAGGCAGAACAACUUUCGUCAACACCCUCUGCAGCAAGGGCGUCUUGGCUCAUAAGGAAUCUGACGACGCUACCACUGCUCACGUGGAGGAUGGUGUUAAGAUCAAGCCCAUCACUGUUGAGCUUGAGUUGGACGAGGAGGGCACGCGUAUCUCCUUGACCAUUGUCGACACUCCAGGUUUUGGUGACCAGAUCGACAACGAGGCCAGCUUCUCGGAGAUUGUUGGAUAUCUUGAGAGACAAUAUGACGACAUCUUAGCUGAGGAGUCGCGUAUCAAGCGAAACCCCAGAUUUCGGGACAAUCGAGUACACGCUAUGCUGUACUUCAUUACCCCCACUGGCCAUGGUCUCCGCGAACUCGACAUUGAAUUGAUGAAGCGCCUUGCUCCCCGUGUCAAUGUUAUUCCUGUCAUUGGCCGAGCCGAUUCGUUGACCCCCGCCGAGCUGGCUGAGUCCAAGAAGCUUGUCAUGGAAGACAUUGAGCACUACCGAAUUCCUGUCUACAACUUUCCCUACGAUAUUGAAGAAGAUGACGAGGAUACCGUGGAAGAGAAUGCCGAGCUUCGAGGCUUAAUGCCCUUCGCCAUUGUCGGCUCCGAAGAUAUCAUUGAGAUUGGUGGUCGCAAGGUCCGAGCCCGACAAUACCCUUGGGGUGUUGUUGAGGUCGACAACCCUCGUCACUCUGACUUCUUAGCCAUCCGAUCGGCUCUUCUCCACAGCCAUCUUGCUGACUUGAAAGAGAUCACCCAUGACUUCUUGUAUGAGAACUAUCGUACGGAGAAGCUUAGCAAGAGCGUUGAGGGUGGCGCUGGAGUUAUUUGCAGUGAUUCUUCCAUGAACCCCGAAGACUUGGCCUCUCAAUCCGUCCGCCUGAAGGAAGAACAGCUCCGCCGAGAAGAGGAGAAACUCCGCGAGAUCGAAGUCAAGGUCCAGCGCGAGAUCAACGAGAAACGACAGGAACUCUUGGCCCGCGAAUCCCAAUUGCGUGAGAUCGAGGCGAGAAUGGCGCGAGAAGCCGCCGCCGCGUCGGGCACACCUGAGGCGAAUGGCGAGCACGACGGCAACUAA